AUGAAGUUUGCUACCCUGAUUGUGGGAGCCCUGGCUUCGAGUUCUCUCGCUGCUCCAACCCCCAACUAUGAAGUCCACGAGCGUCGUGAUUUCAUCCCAAGCUCCUGGGUUGAAGAGAAGAGACUGGACGCAUCUGCCUUUCUGCCCGUCCGAAUCGGAUUGGUACAGAACAAUCUUGACCACGGCCAUGAGCUUCUCAUGGGAAUGUCUGAUCCUAACUCAGCUCGUUACGGCAAGCACAUGAGUGCAACUGAGGUGCAUGAUCUUUUUGCACCCAGCCGAGAGAGCGCCGACGACGUUCGUGCCUGGCUAGAGUCGUCUGGUAUCGCCUCGGAACGUAUCUCGCACUCGCAGAAUAAGCAGUGGAUUCAGUUUGACGCUAACGCCAGUGAGCUCGAGGAGCUUCUGAACACUGAGUAUUACAUCUACUCUCACUCUGAAACAGGUCGUUCUCACAUCACCUGCCGCGAGUACCAUGUUCCGCACUCUGUCCGCCAGCACAUUGACUACAUCACACCCGGUAUCACUCUUCGUGAGGUUUCCGGUGUAGACAAGGCUUCCAGCAGCAACAUCCAGAAACGCUCUCAAUUCGGUGUCCUGCCUCCUAUUCUUGAGCCCAUUCUUGAGCCCAUUGAAGAGCUGCUUCACGGCCUCCUGGAUAAAUGUGACAAGUACAUCUCUCCACAAUGCGUCAAGAGUCUCUACAAUAUUACCAACGGCAAGACGGCCACCAAGGGCAACGAGCUUGGCAUCUUCGAGAGCAUCGGCGACAUUUAUGCGCAGGAGGACCUUGACGAGUUCUUCAAGGUUCUCGCUCCUGAUAUCCCGGCCGGCACCCAUCCUAUCCUGAAGGCUAUUGAUGGUGCCACUGCACCUGCAUCUGUGUUCAACGCAGGGCCGGAAUCGGAUCUUGAUUUCUCGAUAUCGUACCCUAUCAUCUGGCCACAGAAUUCUAUCCUGUUCCAAACGGAUGACAACGUCUACCAGAGCAACUACACCUUUAAUGGCUUCUUGAACACCUUCUUUGAUGCCAUCGACGGGUCUUACUGCGAUACCAUCUCGCCUCUCGAUCCUCCGUAUCCUGACCCCCAAGAAGGCGGCUACAAGGGCAAGCUUCAAUGCGGCGUCUAUCAACCACCUAAAGUGGUCUCGAUCUCAUAUGGUGGUAACGAGGCGGAUCUGCCAAUUUCCUACCAGCGACGCCAGUGCAGUGAAAUCAUGAAACUUGGCAUGCAAGGUGUGUCUGUUGUUGUCGCAUCUGGUGACUCUGGCGUCGCUGGUGCGUCCGGUUGCCUUGGUCCCGCCGGCGAUAUCUUCACCCCGGAUUUCCCAGCCUCCUGCCCUUACAUCACCUCCGUUGGAUCGACCGUUCUCCCACUUGGUCAAUCUUCGACUAGCCACGGCGAGGUGGCCACGAACCGCUUCGGCUCGGGCGGCGGGUUCUCCAAUAUCUACAAGCGCCCCGACUGGCAGGAUAAGGCAGUCGAGCAGUACUUCGCCACGGCCAAGCCCACCUACAAGUACUAUGAGAGUGUCGACAACUCCAGUUUCGCCGCCAACGACGGAAUCUACAAUCGCAUCGGCCGUGGUUACCCUGAUGUCUCCGCGAUUGGCGACAAAAUCGCCAUAUUCAACAAGCUUCUACCCACACUUAUCGGCGGAACCUCGGCCUCGGCUCCUGUUUUCGCUGCGAUUCUAACUCGCAUCAAUGAGGAGCGUCUCGCGGCUGGCAAGUCGACCGUCGGUUUUGUCAACCCUGUUCUGUACCAGCACCCUGAGGCUUUCUUCGAUAUCACCAAGGGCAACAACCCUGGCUGUAACACCAAUGGAUUUGAGGCUGCGGCGGGCUGGGACCCUGUUACUGGACUUGGAACACCCAACUACCCUGCUCUGUUGGACGUCUUCAUGAAGGAGGCCUAG